UGCGUCUGUUGAGCCUCUCCCAGCCCAGUUGAGUCGGUCAAGAAAGCAGCCGUCAGCCGAAACCGGUUCAAAGAGACCGGUUCCAACUUCCCGGUGGUCAGCGUUGUGGCCAGGCCACCACACGUCCCAAGGCCAGAAAGAAAGUAACAGGGAGCUGUUUUCAGCCGUACGGGGUACUCGGAUGUGUUGCUCCACCGAUCGGCCUCCUCCCUCAUUCUCAGCUGCCGCUAGCUGCCGGCCACCGUGCUUGGGAGAGAGGAAUAGGCUAAUCAAGCCGGAGGAUCAGGACUCAGGAGCUCAUCGUCCCUGGCCGCAGUCGGUCGUUGACUCUCCCGGCGGACGAAGCAGAGCGGUUGAUUGAAAUUCUUAUUCCUCUUUUAGCUCCGCCGAAGAUGCCGGCACCGGCGGCGCCGGCGAUUCGGCUGGGCGCGCCGCACCCGUACCUGAAGACCCACGGGGCGAAAGUGGCCCGGCUGCACCUGCUCGACUGGGUGGUGCUGGUGCUCCUGGCCGUGGCGGACGGCGUGCUCAACCUCAUCGAGCCCUUCCACCGCUUCGUCGGCCAAGACAUGAUGGCCGACCUCCGCUUCCCGCUCAAGGACAACACCGUCCCCGUCUGGGCCGUCCCGGUGCUCGCCGUCCUCGGGCCGAUGCUCAUCAUCGCCGCCAUCUAUGUCAAGAGGAGGAACGCCUACGACCUGCACCACGCCAUACUAGGGCUUCUGUUCUCCGUGCUCAUAACGGGCGUGAUCACGGACGCGAUCAAGGACGGCGUUGGCCGGCCUCGCCCAAACUUCUUCUGGCGCUGCUUCCCCGACGGAGUCCCGAAAUACAACAACUUUACGGGACAAGUGAUAUGCCACGGGGACAAGGGCGUCAUCAAGGAAGGGCACAAGAGCUUCCCCAGUGGCCACACCUCAUGGUCCUUCGCGGGGCUGGGGUUCCUGUCGUGGUACCUGGCGGGCAAGAUCAGGGCGUUCGACAGAGGCGGCCAUAUCGCCAAGCUCUGCAUCGUCAUCCUGCCGUUGCUCCUCGCCGCCAUGGUCGGCGUCUCCCGGGUCGACGACUACUGGCACCACUGGCAGGACGUCUUCACCGGUGGAAUCCUUGGGCUGGUGGUUGCUUCGUUUUGCUACCUUCAGUUCUUCCCGCCUCCCUCUGGUGACCAAGGGCUGUGGCCUCAUGCAUACUUCCACCACAUCCUGAGCCCCGAAGCCGAGAACCAAGUGCAGUCGAUAAUACCACCGGCGAACGGCGAUUCGCCUCGACGGCAUGCUGCGUUGGAGCUGAGGACCACCAGCCAAUUAGAACUAGAUUCCAUGGAAGCAGGCAGUCGAGACCGGUAGUGAUCAGACAUUGUCUAUUUGUACGAUCGUGAAGUGGAUUGGCGUUCUUGAUCAGUGUAAAUUUCCCGUGAGGAAAACGUGGGAGAACCCAUUGUAUUUUUUUGGUAGGUAGGUGCAUAGUGCUAUGCUACUGUACAUCUUGUAAAGACUAGAGAAAUAUCAGUGGUUUGCUAUUGAGUAGAAAUAAGAGAAAAAAAUAUUGUUCGUCUCUCAAAUUGUAAAAACAUAAGCAAAAUGUGUCUCAACUUUUUUCA